AUGAGCAUUGAGGAGCUUCUCCUAAAAGCUGUUCCUGGCCCAAGACCCCUUCCUUUCAAAGUCAUUAGGACGUCACUGUAUCGCGUGCAUCAACUUUGCGCUUCUAUAUUCAAUCGUGGACGGUGCGCGCUGGCCGGAGAUGCAGCUCACCUGAAUAACCCAAUGGAAGCCAUGGGUCUUACAACUGGACUCAUUGACUCAGAAGGUCUUGCAGAUGCGCUAGAGUUAAUCAUUCACGAGAGAAAGCCUAUGAACAUACUGGAAACUUACUCAGACGAUCGUCAAACAGUAUUUCGGACGUUCGUGGACCCAACGCCCACACAGAAUAAACUGCGAUGUGCAAGUGACGCUGGAACCGCGAAGGAGGACUGGCUGAUUAGGUUAAUGGCCAAGAUGGAGAACGCGCCGCGGGGACUGGUUGCCCAAGGAACUCAGCCAUUUUUCACUUCUUGGACAACCAACUUGAGGCAGGCCUUUGAGCAUCAUUAA